CUUUGAUGAGCAAAGACUAACCAUAACAAAUUGGAUCUACUAAUCAUGAACAGAGCAAGAUGCUACCCUUACACCCGAAAUCGGGCACGAGGACAGCUAAACGCUUACAGAUAACAAGCAACGCAUGAACAUAGUGUAAAAGCCGAUGCAUCCCUAUAAGCGUUAAGAUAACUAGUGCUUCUCGCCAUCAACAACACUUCAGUAUGAGAAACACAAAGAAAAACAGGCAGGAAUGAUGCCGCCCCUCGGGGCUGCACGGCACUUACCCGAGAGAAACCCUAGAACAGGGGUGGCGAUGCGCCGAGAGUUGUUUGUGAAUGGUUGUUGUUCUUUUUUCAUUCGUAGUCCAAGAUACAUAUUUAUAGUCCGAAUACUUGCCUUUCUUAACCAAUCCUAACUAACUACGACAUGAAUCCUGGCUGUCUCUAUCUAAACUAAUUUAAGCGCACACACCUAUCUAGAUACAUGGCCAAUCCUGGCGCAAGGGCCGAUUCACAAGCCCACUACGAUUAUCCUUUGAGCCCAUCUUGCUCGCGGCCCACCUUCUGGCCCAGCUAAAUUAUGGCGAUAACACAUGCCCCCCUGGUUUCGGCAAUAAGUAUUCCAAAACCAUUUUUUCUUUUUUAUCGCCUCGCCUCUUUGUCUUCCAAAAUCCGUACACGCGUGUCGCUUCCAUUUCCACAGGAUGUGACUACUCUGCAUCUAACUCCUUGGAAACCGUCACGGUGCCGAUUCAUAUUCUACUCCAUCUUUAUAAACCUGCCCCCGGUAGUUUUCUUUUCACUCGUCCCCUUCCUUCAGCCAUUAGCAACCGCACCUAAUACAACCUUCCUUCUCUCGCAAUGGCUUCUUCUUCCUCUGCUUCCUCCACCAUUUCCUUCGAGUCUGAAUCCACUCGAGAAGCAACUCCAGAAUAUGACCCUAUUGCCGCCUAUGAGGCCUGGUCAGAGGAUGACGAAUCCCUGACCGAUGGUGAAGAUCUCCAACUUCUCCUCAGCGGGGAGCUGGAUGAAGACGACGAGGAUGACGUGUCCUGGGAGGGGGACUUCUUCUCCUCGGAGGAAGAAGUCGAUUCCUCCUCAACCGAGGAGGACUCGGUGGCAGGAGGCUUCUUGCUUGGCAGGUCGUCGAAGGAUGAUGACGACAAUGAUGAUGAUGAAGAAGAAGCUGAAGACAACAGUGGCUUCAACAGCGACAGCGGCGGAGACGAUGGCGGCAACGACGACGGCAUCGACGACGACAGUGAUGCUAGCAUGGCCCGUCCGAUCAAGCGCCGUAGAGUCUCCGGCACCUAUUGGUGGUAGAUCGUAGGAUUAAGCCGAUGGAUCGGCUCUAGGAGCAAUCGGCUCCCAUUUUGUAAUCAUUUCGGUUAUAAAUAAAAUCCUUUUAUUUUAAACCACGACUUGUCAAGAAGCCGAUUUCUCGGGAGCCGAUGCAACGCAUCGAUUCUUUCCCUCAAAAUGCUGAUCUGGAUCCAAGUUAAUCCCUGACCCAAUUCCAUAUUUUGCAUAAAUCUGGAACCUUCCCGAAAUAGAUCUUCAAAGAUUCCCUGAAUCCAAGUUACUCUCCAAAACCUUUGCUCAUAAACCUUAAUCGUAAAGACCCGGACCAAAGCCUUAGAGCACAAACUCGAAACUUGCGUAGCAAACCCUAGAUCCAGUUUCUAGGCUUUCGAUCUUCGUUGGGGUUUCAGAUGGCGGAAUCUUCGAAUGCCGAUGCGGGCGUCCUUGGUCUGAAGGUAAAACUCCGACCUUUGCUAAUUUAAUGCAGUAAUUAUUAGAUCCCUUGAAUCAUUAAAUGAUCUUUUCCAGUUAUUUGGCUCUUAUUGAUUCUUCAGGUUUCAGAUAUUCUUUUGCCGCAUCCUUCUUCCCCCAAUUUUUUUUUGUCUCGGGCCUCGUUCUUACGAGAAUCCCGUAGAUCUAAUUUCUUAUGAGGCUAAUAGGAUCCCAUUUGUGAGUCAAAAUAUAGACUUAGAUUCCUGGGCCGAUAGCCUGCGUGCCUGGACAAAUCCUCCCGAGGGUUGGGUGACCUGGUACAACAGAGUAUCAAAAACCUACCAGCCCACAUGGGAAACCAUAGGGAUAGCCGAUGCUUUGUCUUUGUCUUUGUCCCCUCUUGAGAAGAACGAGAACCUCCUAAAAACCAUCGGCUACUUUUGGUCCGAUGCCUUGAACUGCUUCUUAUUUGGCCAUGAGCCGAUGACUCCAACCCUCCUGGAUGUAGUGAUGAUCACUGGUUUGGAUAGCUCAUCACCCUGCCCCUCUGCCUUCAGACUGUCCGAGGUCCCCUUCAAAUUGUCCUCCAAAAUAGAGUGCACAAACUGGGGUGCAUAUCUGAACCAGCACAUCAAAACCAAAGGCCCUGUGACAAAGAAGGAACAUACGGCCUUUCUGAAUCUUUGGUUGGAACACUUCUUAUUUUGCGGUCCUUCCCUUGCCCCAACCAAGAACUAUCUCCCCCUAGCAUAUGAACUGGUCAAAGGUAGUACUGUUGGCCUUGGUAAGUUGUUCCUUGGGAAAGUCUAUAGAUAUCUCCACUUGAUGUCUUUGAGCCUGCUUACCCAAAAGAAACUCAGGACCGGUGGUCCCAGGUGGUUCAUCCAGUUAUGGGCUCAUUUAUAUUUUCAGGACUUCAUACCAAACUUCCCUGUUUUGGCCAAUAACUCCUUUCCAGAUCAGGGUGGGAGGCGAAUCAGGUGUACCAGCUUCGGCCAGGCUCUGUACAGUCUACCUGGCAGCAAGUUGAAUCCCUCAAGUGCUUCAAACUGGUUUAGGAUAUUCUAUAGGGGUCUGGACAACCCUAUCUUCCUUCCCUACACUGAUUCUGAAAUUUUCGAGAACCCAAUCACCUUUAGAUUGGCUAAUUUUACCGAUGAUGAUAGCACUAGGCAUUUAUACUCUAUCAUGAUUCACCCUUGCUUCCUUCCAGUCGGCAUGAGCAAUUCCAACCGAAUCAUUAAGCCUGGUUAUGAGUUCUACCAGCUGGUCAUUGCAGCCUGGCAGUUUGGUCUCGGGCAAGUUCCUCCCCACUUCUUCCUUCAUCAUUUGACAACAAUCAGAGCUGAUCUGUCCGAUAUCCUCACCAGCCAAAGAUGCUACGGCCUAUUCUCUGAUCUUCUCCUUCCAAUCCCCGUCGACUUAACAUUCACCUCUUCGGCUAUUGGCUUCGAAAGCUGGUGGUCGAUGUGGAAGACUCACGUCUUCCGGAAAGCCUUGGGGCCAAUGCUGCAGCAGAUCCAUGCUGAGUAUGAAGCCUCUGAGGAAGAGCAGGAGGAUGGUCCGGAGCCCAAGAAUGAUGAUGGCUCCACCUUCAGGUUCUUACCAGUUGCCCCCGUGGUCCUUUUCAGCAAGAAUGCACCUCCCCCGUCAAAGACUAAGGCGAGGAAGAAGACUGUCAGGAAGAUUCGGAAGGAAGCUGGACCAUCUUCCACUGGUCAAGAAGCUCCGAUCGUCAACCAGGCUGAUACUGUAGAUAUUUCCAGCGGGGAAGAGCUAGUGCACCAAGAAGACCCAACUCCAGAGGCUUUGGAGGAUCCUUUGACGACGGUCAACGCCUUAGUCAACCUUCAGGAUCCAAUCCUGAAGACUCCAGAGAACCUCGCAACGCCAGCCGAUACUUUGGUCGGCCUUUAGGAUCUGCAGGAGCCGAUCGUCACCUCAUCGGUUGUCGGUCCUUCUUUGCAGGAGCCGAACGUCACCUCGUCAGCUUCCAGCCCUCCUCCAGAAAGGGCGCGUCUGCAGGAGCCGAUCGCCACUUCAUCGGCUAUCACUCCUCCUCCAAAAUGGGUGCACUUGCAGGAGUCGGUCGUCACUUCAUCAGCUAUCACUCCUCCUCCAGAACAGGGUCUGAACCUCUCGGAGUUGCUCUCAUUCAACCCUGCAUCCGUCGGCUCGGCCAUACUAAAAGUGGAUGAUCAUCAGCCAGAUUCGACCAGUGUCGCCAGCCAACUCCUCCGUGUAAAGGGCCUUCUGUCAGCUCCAAUUGAUGCCCUGGUCCGGGACUCUGACGCAGUGAGGCAAAUUCUCGAGGAGAUCAAGUCUCAACUCCCGAAAGUCCUUCAGAUCAAGCUCUGGCCAACCGGACACCUCCCUUUCUUUCCGGCAAAGGUAGAACAAGCUCGGCAAAGAAUUGAAGCCUGUCGCUCUCAAGCCCCCUUGAAAGCCAACAUUGCUAAGCGGUGCCGACUGCUUAAUGAGAAGAAGGCGGUUCUGGACACCAAAACUAACACAUCUGCACACUCUCAAAGGCUUCAACUUCUGGAGAAGGAGUUAGAAGACCUCAAGGCUAAGGUCCGGGCAACCGAGCAGCGCAUCCAGAAAGAGAAGAACCUCAUUGCCAGCUCCAAACAAGAAGCAGAAGACCUGACUGCCCAACUGAAGACAGAACUCGCAGAGCUGAGCGCUUUGAGUCGGCAGGUAGUGUCAGGUGAGGACAGGAACGAUGAAGCAGUGAUUGCUGAAGUUGAUUGCGUCCGCCUUGAGGCUAUCGCAACCAUUGAUGAGUUCCUUCAGUAGACUAACUUGUAAUCACCUCUUGUAAGAUAAACCUGCAUGUA